UCACCCCGUCGCAAAAAAUCUGGUAUCGAAAUGCAGAGAAAGAAAAUGCCUAUUAAUCUCACGUUUAAAUAUAUGUAAACAUUUAGUAUUGAGUACGGUACCAAUUACAACUUCAUGAGCUUCUAGAAUUUGCCUGCACAUGGCUGAAAUUAUAAAAGUACACAGAUACAGUGGCCUUUUCUAAGAUUUAAAAAAAAACCCAACUACUUGCAUUUUCUCUUUACAGAUCGGGGAAGAAAGCUGGGAAAAGGACAGUGACUAGUGUUACUCUAUAUUCAAGUGUCCACGAUGGAAACUUCUGAAAAGAGUGCACAUGGAUUGCCCCACACAGAAAAUGUUGUGUGGGCGCCUCCCGCAUACGAUGAACAGCACCACUUGUUUUUUUCUCACGGAACCGUCUUGAUUGGUAUCGUCGGGUCGUUGAUCAUUACUGUGGCAGUGGUAGGAAAUAUUCUUGUGUGCUUGGCAAUUUUCACAGAGCCUAUUCUCUCCCACAGCAAAAGCAACUUUUUUAUCGUGUCCCUGGCAGUUGCCGACUUACUGCUCGCUCUCCUGGUCAUGACGUUUGCUUUAGUCAACGACCUGUACGGUUACUGGUUGUUUGGAGAAACCGUCUGCUUCAUCUGGAUGUCUGCAGACGUCAUGUGCGAAACAGCGUCCAUCUUCAGUAUCUGUGUCAUUAGUUACGAUCGCCUGAAGCAAGUGCAGAAGCCCCUACUUUACGAGGAAUUUAUGACUGCCACUCGGGCUCUUUCGAUUAUUGCUUCAUUGUGGAUUUGUUCAUUUGUCGUGUCUUUUGUACCAAUAUUUCUGGAAUGGCAUGAGCUCUCGGUGGAAGAAAUCAAAGCCAUUUUCAAGGGUCGCAAUCCAUACAAAGACACGGUCAAGGAAAAUGUCACCAAUGUACAUAAGCCUAAUUUUUCUUCUGUACUCAAACAAACUUUGAGAACUGAACAAAAAGUGACCACAAAACCCGAGUGUCUUUUUGACGUGCAUUUCACCUACUCCGUCGUCUAUUCCUUCAUUUGUUUCUACAUACCGUGCACCUUAAUGCUGACAAAUUACUUACGCCUCUUUUUAAUUGCCCGAAAACAUCGGCACCGGAUCAAGAGCCUCGAGAAGACCAGCCUUCCACAGCCCGGCGAUGAAGGGCCACGCUCCCACCGUAAACGCUCAUCACAAGGCAGUAAAGCAGCCCGGACUCUCACGAUCAUCACAGGAACUUUCAUGGCGUGCUGGUUGCCUUUCUUUAUCAUCAACCCAAUUGCCGCAGUAGAUGAACACCUCAUCCCACUGGAAUGUUUCAUGGUGACCAUUUGGCUCGGUUAUUUUAAUUCUUGCAUCAAUCCCAUUAUCUAUGGGACGUCCAACUCCAAAUUCCGAGCAGCUUUCAAACGACUUCUGCGCUGUCGUUCUGUAAGGGAAAACGUUGGAAACGUCACCCGCAAUAGUUCGGUGUACAGGGCGUUCUCAUGGAUACGACCCAGCCUCAUAGAGGAAGGCUUAACACAAGGCCAAUGCUGUAGCAGUAGUCGUCGCGCCUUUGACAAAGGACAAGAUCAAACCAGCGUUGGGGUUGAUUACGUCAUAGAUGAUUUCCCAGCACCCCAGGCCAUCAUCGCAGAACUUUGAAGCCGCAUCAGCACCAUGACGUUGGAAAGCAAUGACGUUCUCUUCGGUUAUUUCCCAUUUCAGAAAAUUGUAUCGUCGAAAGCGUAGAUAUGAAAAAAAACCCAUUGUAGAGCAGAGAAAAGAAUGACGGCAUUGGAAUACAUUAUGUAGUUCCUUCUCAUACAACAAAUCCCUUAAUUUAAGCGAACAUGGGUUCGUAAAUGUUGACGAAAUACAUGUAUCAGCCAGAUGUGAAGAAUCGUAACGGUCAGGUGCAAUAGAUCAGGCGUUUUUUUGAUGACAUGCGUUUUUUUAGACAUGUCGAUUAAUGACAUGAUGUAUUGGCCAAAGUUGUUUGAAAAACAGAAUUCUCAUAAGUUCUUUUCAAACAUUCCUCGCGUUUUGUUUCAUAUGGAAACUGAAAGGGGACAGCUCCCUCGAUAUCACGAGGUACUAUAGGCCUACGUACGUGCUGAAGGCCCUAAAGAUCGAAUCCACAACUUGAUGUUCUUGAGUUCGGGUUGUUUGGGGAAGUUUGUCUUUUUAGGGUAGCUUUGAUCUCAUAACAUAUCAAACUCUAGCUUGUAGAACUUUUUGAGUUUGAAAUAAUCGCAAGCUUAAUGCUAUGUAGAUUUAGCUCCAUUUUGCCAGCUUUCUUUCUUGUGAACGUAUGGCAUAGAUACAAUGUAUCUAAUAUACGUGAAAACUGAACCUGAAAUUGUGCAGA